AUGUGUGGCUUCCUAGUGCCCAAAAAUUCAGAAAUACUAAUAAAUGUGUGGGCAAUGGGACGAGACUCAAGCAUAUGGCCAAACCCAAAUUUAUUUAUGCCUGAAAGGUUUUUAGAACAAGGCAUUAAUUUUAAAGGCCAAGAUUUUGAGUUGAUUCCCUUUGGAGCUGGAAGAAGAAUAUGCCCUGGAUUGCCAUUGGGUAACAGAAUGGUGCAUUUGAUGUUAGCUUCUCUUGUUCACUACUUUGCUUGGGAGCUCCCAGAUGAGAUUACGCCGGAAGACAUGGACAUGGGUGAGCUUUUUGGGCUUACCUUACAUAGAGCAAAGCCCCUCAAAGCUAUUCCUAUCAAAUCAUUGUAA